AUGUCAGAACCGCCAGCUCCGCAGACAAUUCCGGCCAUGGACAACUCAGCUGCUCAGCCGGGAGCAGUUAAUGGCACGCUCGCCGAAGCCAACGACAUCUCUAUGACCGAUGCCCCUUCGCAAGCAACUACAACACAACCAUCUCAACCACAACCACAACCGCAACAACCACCGCUCUCGGCAACACCAACGCCGACAACAACGACAACGACAACGACAACAACAGCGCGCGUUCCGACACCGGUGCCCGCACCAGCUCAGCAGCAGCAGCAGCAGCAGCCGCCGCCGCAACAACAACAAUCCACAUCCCGCGCCGCCUCGCAGCAUCCGGACCCCGCCACAACAGGCCCCGCUACCGGGACAGGCACGGCGGGCUUCACCAUGCCGGCCGAAGCCGCGCCUCAUGGCGCGCCCGUGCGUCAGUACAUCAACAGCAAGAUCACAGGGGUGCUGCUGGAGGGGAUGAAGAUUGUCGCGCGAGAACAGUAA